UCCAUUUGUCCUCUGUUAAGAUGGUUGGUUCUGGUACUGGUAUUGUGAGACGGUGUUAUGGGAUGUUAUCCACCCGAACCCAUGACAAACUGAUGACCUGCAAGGCUCCUGUGCGCACGGCGGCCGCCCAUGCCAAGCUGAUGACCCGCAAGGCUCCGGUUUGGACGGCGGUGGCGGGCUUUGUGGUGCUGUACCUUUUCCACUGUGCUUAUAUUGAUGUUAGUCGGCAUUCCACCGUCAGCUCCAAGGCUGUAUUCUUCUCUGAUGCCAGUCCACAGUUCAAAAAGAGAGAAGCAGUGCCAUUGAAUGCUGUCAAGAAUCAAAAUGAUUGCAAGAGAGGAAGAGGAGGACAGCAGAUGGGGGAGGAGCGGUCGGAUAACAGAGUGAGUGCCCGGGACUUGAACAUGGUCCCUAUUAGAAAUGCUUUUGGAAUUGCAAAGAAAAAUAGCAGCAGUGGUGGCAGUGGCAGCAGUAGUACUAUUGGAUGGAAGGUAGUGAAGGAGGAGUUCACCUUUGCUAUGGGCACAGCUCCUUUCAAGAAUUGCCAUGCUUCAACAAUUGUCGAGAUUGAGAAGGACCAUUUGUUGGUGGCCUACUUUGGUGGUUCUCAAGAAGGGGCUCCUGAUGUUAAAAUUUGGUUGCAGAGGUACAAGGAUGGCUAUUGGGAUCCUCCAUUGGUAGCUGAUCAACAAUUCAAUGUUCCAAUGUGGAACCCGGUUCUAUUCAAGCUCCCUUCUCAAGAGCUGCUGCUCUUUUACAAGAUUGGCCGCGAAGUGCAGAAAUGGAGUGGGUUUCUGAAGCGAUCAUUUGAUGGUGGUGUGACUUGGAUGGACAGAGAACCACUCCCCCCUGGAAUCCUUGGGCCCAUCAAGAACAAGCCUAUCUUGCUAGAUGAUGGCCGCCUACUUUGCGGAUCCUCUGUCGAGAGCUGGAAAUCAUGGGGUUCAUGGAUAGAGGUUACAAAGGACUAUGGCUAUUCAUGGAAGAAGUAUGGGCCGAUCUUCAUUGAAAAUAAACCCCCUAGUGUGAUUCAACCUGUCCCAUACCAGACAAAGAAUGCGACACUACGUGUGCUAAUGCGAUCUUUUCCAGGCAUAGGAAAGAUCUGCAUGUCGGAAUCUAUAGAUGGAGGCCUCAGCUGGAGCUAUGCGAAGCCAACCGAGCUUCCCAAUCCAAAUUCAGGCAUCGAUGCAGUCAAGAUGAAAGAUGGCAGGCUCAUACUGGUCUACAAUACGGUUUCGAGGGGUGUGCUCAAAAUAGCCUUGUCUGAGGAUGAUGGUGAUUCUUGGGAAGAUGUAAUGACAUUAGAGAAGGAUUUGAAGAUGGAGUUCUCUUAUCCUGCUGUGAUCCAGACCAUUGAAGGGCUCAUUCAUAUCACAUACACCUACAAUAGGACUCAGAUCAAGCAUGUGGUUUUGCAACCAUAGAUUGUUCAGUGGCGCAAGAUUAGAAGGAGAUGCUGUUAUUUAGAGAAUCAAACACCAUCACUGUAGAGAAUCUUUGUAAAGAAAAGGAAAAAGAUAUCGACCUUGUUCAUAGUUGUGUGCAAAUCUUAGUUAAAGAUGCGUUCAUUGCUUCGGUUUAUAAAGGUAUCACUGAUGCUACAAAAUGACCAAAAAUUGUUCACUGUGGGUUGGUGGGGAUGAUAGCCACCUGCCAGCUUGGAUAUUCCAAAGAAGGAAUUAGUUGCAGUACUUUGACCUUCUAUUAGAAACACGGUACUGCAACACCACUAUUAUGGCCAUUUGGCAGGCUAUUUCCCUUGUUAUUGAACAUGAUGACAGUUUAUCUUUGUUUGUUGAUGAAUGGGUCUGAGCCGGUGAUGAGCACAA